AAAUCCCGCCAACUAUUCGGUUAGUUUCGCUGCAUCAGAAGGGAAACGCGAUUGGGAACACAGGGAAACGCUUGGGGAUCUCUCCGAGGGAAUUUAGGAGGUAGCGAUGGCGGAUUUGGACCAGUGGCAGAUACUAGAAGCGGAGUGAGCGAGCGAGCGAGAUAGAGUGAGAGAGAGAGAGCGGAGAGAAGGAGCUGCUUUGAAACUAUUCUCGUCUACGAGUUUGUGAAAGUUUUUCAUGGAAUGAUUCUGUCCGCGUUAAUGGAGCCAGCGGCUUUAUAGUUUGUAAAGGAAGCUUGUCUGCCUUUUUCUCAUCGGGUUCUCUCGACUACGGUGAAGAGUUCGGUUGCUUCUGGUUUUCUUGAUAUGGGCGGUGGCCGGAGGCGAACAACAGCGGUGGACUGCGCGAGUGUGGAGCCGGAAGGGAAGAAGAGGGGGCCAGGGCUUAGGACGAUGCAGGCUGGGAGGGCAUCUUGCCGGGGAAGCUAGGCCGCACGGAGCUGCGAAAGGACGGUUCACUUUUGAUCGCAUUAAGCUCGUUUCUUGUCUUUUCCAUCUCGAGCUAGGGUUCUCCUCGGGUGUUUUUUCGAGCAGAUAAGAUGGGUUUUGAGCUGAGAGAGACGCUGAGGCGCCUCUGCGUCGAGAUUGGGUGGUCUUAUGCGGUUUUCUGGAGGGCGAUCGGAUCGCCAAACCCCAAGCAUUUGGUUUGGGAAGACGGACAUUGGCAUGGGAAAGCACAACUUUCAGGGUGUGGUGAUUCGAGUUCUCAAGAUAAUUUGUUGGCUGAAUUUCGAAGUCAUGGAGAGGGCAGCAUUGAUGAGUUGGUUAGCAAUUCCAUGGUACCCCAGUUCCAUGUUAUAGGAGAUGGAAUAGUUGGACGGGCUGCUUUAAUAGGAAAUCAUCAGUGGAUUCUUAGAGAUGUUGCUAACGACAGCGGACCCAUAUUAUCGCAUUUGGCAGAGUUGAAAAAUCAAUUUGUGUCAGGGAUUCAGACAAUUGUUAUUGUACCUGUGAUGCCAUAUGGUGUUGUACAAUUUGGUUCUACGAUGAGGGUAAUGGAGAAUAAUCUGUUUGUAAAUAAUGUAAGAGCAACUUUCAUGAAGUUGCUAUGUGAACCUGGAUCUGAUGCUGCCGAAAAGGCUUUGUGUCGAAGCAGUCUUCAACAUGCAUCCAUGAGCUCUGCAGUUUCUGAUUACCAAUUCCGAGAUGAUUGCAGCAAUACGGAUAGAUCCUUAUCUUUAAGAUGCAACCAUCAGCUUUCUAUAUCUUCAGCUACAAAAUCAUUGAGCCAGACUUCAUCUUCAUUAUCCUCUGGUUGUCAUGAAAUACUGUCAAAAAUUGAUUCGGAAAGGCUGUCUACCAAGAAAAUUGUGAGUAGUUCAUCACAGCCUGUUCCUGAGUUGUGCCAGCCUAUGAUUCAUCCAGAUGAAAACUAUCACUUGCAUCUCAAUAACAGACUCGGAAAGGGACUGGUGGAUUCUCAGGUAAUAUCCCAUAGGGAUAUGAUGUCUGCAGCAAAUGGGAUGACUCUUACUACUGACAAUUUAUCUUAUACCGAAGAGAACUUUCCGUCUGUGUGUGGUAGCAGAAAUCAGGAUCCUGUUAGUGGCAUUAAGGCUUCAGUGGAAGACUUGCUUGGAGAGCUUGAUGCUUAUUCUCUGCAUUCAAAAUUUGCUACCUUGGAGAGUGCAAAUGGUCAUGGAACAUAUACUUCAGCUCCAGCUUGCACUAAGGAAAAUUCACAUGGCUCGACUCAGAAUAUUAACACUUCAAAUGGAAAACAAGAAAUUUCAACAAGUCCUCUUGUCAACAAUUCUUCUAGGAAUAAAUGCCAAGGAAUGUCAAGUUCUGGUCAUCUAAAGCAGAAUUAUGAUUUACCACUGCCUUAUGGUUUGUCGCCCAGAUCAUGUUAUGGUCGUGUUCAAGAAUGCAGGCUUGGUAUUUCAAGUACCGUUGGUGCUAGUCUAGGCUUUGAGAGUGGAAACAGUUUCUUUAAUCACAGUUUCAACAUCGGAAAUUUGCGGAACCAAGGGGUUGUGAUUGGCUCCAGUCCUUUUCAUUUAUCUAAUGAGAAAUCUUCAGACUUCCUUCCACUGGCUGCCUCACGGAAUGAUCUGUUUGAUGUGUUGGGUCUUCAUGGCAGUUUGGAUGGAGGCUUGACUAGUGACCAGCAAUUGGCUGUUGAUGUCACUUCCUGCAAUACUCAAUUAAACCACCCCCCUGUAUUUUACUCGGUCAAUAAUGAUAUAUCUUGCACUGAUAUAUUUUCAGAAUCCAAUACAGACCAGCUGUUGGAUGCUGUUGUUUCUAAGAUCAAUCCAGGUGCCAGACAACGCUUAGAUGAGAAUAUAACUUGCAAGACAUCAACGACAAAAGUUAGUAGUUCAUCAAUUUUUUGUGGUUCUCCUAGUAAUGAUGGGUCUGCUUCAUCAGGUAAAAAACAUGGAGAGUAUGUUUCUCCUUCAAGGCUGACGAGUAAUGCAGAAACAGCAGCUUCAACUUCCGUGAGGUCGGCUGAUAGUAAUGAAACUGAAAGGUCAGGGUGUUAUAAAUCCCAAAUUUGCUUAUGGGCUGAAAGUGGGAAAAACAUGAAAAGUGAUAAAUUGUUUGAUUCACAUAUUGAAAGGGUUGAUGAAACAAGCAAGGUUAAUCGGAAGAGGCCACGACCUGGAGAGGCCCCAAGACCAAGGCCAAAAGAUCGCCAGUUAAUAAUGGACCGGGUCAAGGAAUUACGUGAAAUUGUGCCUAACGGGGCUAAGUGUAGCAUCGAUGCUUUAUUGGAAAAGACCAUAAAGCACAUGCUCUUCCUCCAAAGUGUUGCUAAGCAUGCAGACAAGCUGAGAUAUUCUGGAGAACCCAAGAUUAUUAGUAAGGAUGGAGGUGUUCUCUUAAAAGAUAAUUUUCAAGGCGGCGCAACUUGGGCAUUUGAAGUUGGUUCGCAACCCAUGACAUGCCCGAUCAUAGUCGAGGAUCUUAAUCCACCUCGUGAAAUGCUUGUGGAGAUGCUUUGUGAGGAGCGAGGCGUCUUCUUGGAAAUAGCUGAUUUGAUAAGAGGAUUGGGUUUGACCAUCUUGAAGGGAGUAAUGGAAGCUCGAAAAAACAAAAUUUGGGCACGCUUUGCAGUGGAGGCAAACAGGGAUGUGACAAGAAUGGAGAUUUUUCUUUCACUUGUUCGCUCGCUGGAACCAACUAUUGGCAGUGGCGCUGGUCAGUCUAUUCAUAACAACAACAUGCCGAAUAAAAUAUUCAACCCAUCUUGUGUUCCUGUUACUGGCAUAUCUGAUCCUUUUCGAUGAGCGCGGCUUGGUUUAGGCUUUGUUUGGGACAGCGUUCUUCCUGCUUCUUGAAGCUAUAUUUUAGUAGAAAAAUUAAAAUUUUUAUACUAAAAUACUGCUUUAAGAAGCAGUAAGAAAGUCAUCCCACACGAAGCCUUAAUCCUAUCUCUUCUUCCAGCUCAGGGAGUGCUGAGAGCAGGCUUGGCAGUUGGCAUUGCCUGCUAUGACUAGCAUUCCAGUGGUUAUCCCGGAUGUUAGCUUUGUAGUUGUGUAGGUUUGUUAAUGCUUCUAGUGCCUUGUUUUAUUGUGUUUUUUUUUUUGCCUUUUUUUUAGUCUCAUUUGAUUUACAUUUUCUUAUAAUUUCCUUUGCUUGUAAUAUGUAUGAUGUAUUAUUAAGAGGAGAGGUGGUGGCCGGUUGAAAAAAUGUGGAUGUGAAACCUGCCCAAGUGUGCAGGUCAUGUUUUGCUGUUUCUAAUACUUUUGUGUUUUAUUGUCAUUUUUUU